AUGGGAUGCGCGUGGUUCCCCCUUGCCGCUGCCGAUGGGGUGGCACAUGGCGACGCGGGGACGAGGACAAGGACGCGUGACCAGGACACGGAGGGAGGCUGCUGGGGCUGGACGCAGCGCGGCGUCUGCCGGUGCUCCUGGGAAGCUUCUGGGCCGCCUGAGGCGGUCAGCGGGGACAGGCUAGUGGCGCCCUCGUGGCAGGCGGAGCCUCCGGGGGGACACCGGACGCCGAAUGUUGGAUCUGCCGUAGAGUGUGGGACUUCCAGUGAUGAUGUCAAUACGGCUUUUGUCCUGAUGCCCAGAUGA